AAAAAAAAAGGUUCCCAGCCACCUCGAUGCAGCACCAAAUACGGCGAUGCGGCGCCGUCGCCUUCGCCGCGCUCCGGCGGGUCCGCCACUUCCCUCAUCCCACCGCCGCCGCCGCUGCACCUCCUACGGCGGCGUGGAGAUGCCCUUACACUCCCCGCCUCUACUCCACCGCCGCUUCAAGAGGAGAAAACCUUUCUGGCUCGAGGAGGGGGAAAGAAGUCCAAUAGGUCCUCUCACUUCUUUUUUUAUUUGAGUACUAAUUUUGUUUUCCCCAAUUUUGUACCAGACAUGAUCCAGCAGCUGCCUGCAAACCUGGUACAGAUCAUGGAGCAGAGAAUGAAAUUUAUAGAGCAGAAGAGUGCAUACCUCCAGGAGCAAAUCAACCAGCCGGCUGCCUCACCGGAGGAAUACUCGAGGGCUAACAAGGAGUUCCACAAGCUGGAGGGCACAAUUGAAUUGAUCAAGGAGCUGCGGUCAAAGCAGAAGGAAAUUGAGGGAUUAACAUCCUUGGUGACAAACUCCGUUGAAGAUAAAGACAUGCGUGAGAUGGCAGCUGAGGAGCUCCUUGAGGCUGUUGAGGAGGAGAAACGACUGCAGCAUGAGUUGUUCAGAACUUUGCUUCCGAAAGAUGAAGCUGAUGAGAGGGACUGUAUACUGGAGGUGCGAGCAGGAACUGGAGGAGAAGAAGCUUCUUUGUUUGCUAUGGAUAUAUUCAAAAUGUCGGGUGGAUGUUCAUGUUUCGCCGGAUCAAAUGUCUGUUGUGACCCUUGGUCUGUCUUAUUAACUAACUUGAUUCUUCUAUGUUAUAGGUAUGAGAAGUAUUCCCAAAAUAAUGGGUGGAAAUUUGAUACUAUUGACAUAAUGGAGUCUGCUGUAAGAGGAUACAAGGAAGCUAGUGGGACCAUUUCAGGCCCUGGGGUAUACGGGAAACUUAAAUUUGAGAGUGGUAUUCAUAGAGUUCAGCGAGUUCCAGUAACUGAGAAAUCUGGACGUGUGCACACUAGUGCUGUAUCAGUCGCUGUUCUUCCUCAAGCGGAUGAGGUUGAUGUCCAACUGCGUAAUGAGGACUUGAGAAUUGAUACCUACAGAUCAGGUGGCUCCGGAGGCCAGUCUGUCAAUACGACUGAUAGUGCUGUUAGGAUAACUCAUCUUCCAACUGGAACAGUGGUUGCAAUACAAGAUGAGAGAUCACAGCAUCAGAACAAGGCUAAGGCUCUCAAAGUUCUCCGGGCAAGACUAUAUGAAUUGGAAAGGCAUAGGCUCCAUACAGACCGGUCGAAGCUCCGAUCAGAGCAGAUUGGAAGUGGUGACAGGUCUGAGCGCAUCAGAACAUACAACUUCCCACAAGGGCGUGUCACCGACCACCGUGUCGGGGUCACGCACCACUCCAUAGUGGACGUCAUGGAGGGAGAGAGCCUGGACGUCUUCAUCGAAGCGCUGCUGCUGCAAGAAGAGAUGGAUGCAAUUGCUUCGUUUGCUUCGUGAGCCCUAAGUUUUGUGGAUUUCUUCGUGGAGCGACAAACCACAUCAUAAACACACAGAACACUGAACCAACGAAGAGAGGAAACUUUAGGAUUCACAGUGUAUUGUUCGUCUGUUCUGAGUUGUCAUGUUUCUCCGAUCCUUGUUAUCUUGGGUUAUGGUCUUUCUUUCGUUGUUUUGUGACCAGCUGUUGGUUCUCAUGUUUUCCCUGUGUAUUUUCUUUCGGGUUAAUCCCAGAUUUUCUGCGGUUUCUUCUUUGGUAAAAGAACUGCCUGGAUCUUUGGUCA